AGUAGGCGAUAUACAAGGAGCUGUAGACUUACCCGUUGUCUUAUCUCUUAUUGGGCUCGAAAUUUACUUCAUCAGAAGGACAGUGCGCAUGUGCAGACGAUUUCUUACUACCUAUCAGCGUGAAAUGCAGUUUGAGGAAACCCACUACUGCGUUCGAGUUCGGUAUCUGUUGUUGCCCGCCACCGCGUGGGCAAGUAGGAACCAGUCAGGCGGAGCAGUAACAACCCUUUUCAGAAGAUUUUAUCCAAACAUACCAGGAUUCAAGUAUUCUACUCGUAUCGUUUGCACAGUUGGUCUCGCUGUUGCCUGCAUGUAUCAGGUAGCUGUUAACUUUUCAGCCACCUUUUAUGCCUCCUGUAUUGUGGCAUUUGUCAUCGCUGUCACGAACAGUUUCUUCACUCUGCGUAACUACAGGAACAACACACGUGGUCUCUGGAAAGGCAAUUUCCCCUUGACCAACAUACAGCAAAAACCCCCUAAAGUUGUGCUCUCGGCUUUGAAGUUUAGUGGAUACACCAUCGCCUUUCUCAUCUCUGGAUUCAUUAUUCUACAAGUUAUGGUCUGGGCAUUAUUCAUCGUACUCGAGUUUCUCCUUCGUUACGCCUCAUUUGGGAAGCUGAUGAGAGAAGACUGGCUACACAUUGUGAUAAUUGUAUUUCUCUACAUCGCUCUUCGAAUAAUUGCUCGUUACUGUCUUCUCCAAGCGAACGAAGAUGGCGCACUUGAACUAAAAAACCUGCACUUGUUUCACAUCAUCAAUUUCUUCUUCAUCUUCCUGUCCGUUCCCCUGGGAAUAGCGGGAUGCAUCUUUCGGAUCUUGAAGGCGGCUUUGGUCGGGCUCGUAAUCAUUGGCCGAGUUGACCAGUGUCUCUUCAUCCGCGGGCUCGAACGCUUCGAUCGUGGCUACAUGGCUUAUCGUGGAUAUCUCACGCUUGAGGUUAGCAUGACACAUCCUGUGCUCGUUACGUUCUGUCAGCUGCUAUGUCGGUCAAACAAUGAAAAGAUGUACAAACCCGAAGACGAGUGUACCACUGAAAUGGGAGAUUCAGCGGCACCAUCACCAAGUAGGAAGAGGAGGAUCGCCCGCAACCGCUGGCUUGUGGCAUACACUUUGAUCCGUAACCCGCAACUCGCCUACAAGAUACCUCUCCGUGUUAACAACCAGAACAAAUCUUCUGUUGCAUCUGAGAAGAAGACGUCCCGCCAUGUUGUGUAAAGUUUCUGGGCCGGUGAAAGUGGUUGAUUUAUAAGGGAGAGACUGGCUUCAUAACAAUACCAAUUGUGAUGGUUGCUUUCA